GCCACGUCGGCAGAACCAUCAGGGUGAAAAGAGAGCUGCGUAGCUCUGCCUGUGGCUGUGAGUGAGGAGAAGUUAGGAAGCUGCAGGUUUAAGCGAUAAAUCCGUGAAAACCGGGAGGAAGAAGGCCGUUUGGAGCCAGAGCGGCAGGUUUCACCGAGAAAGAAAUCCACUAAAUUACAGCAGAGUUUGGCUCCGAGGCUGAAACAGAAGCUGCUCCAGGCUCAAGUUUCUCUGCCAGGUGUGUUUGUGGGAGAAACACAGGGAACAAUGGUGAAGAAUGUGAACAGCGUUAACGUGGAGCCCCAGCCUGGGACCAGCGUGGCCACAGACGAAGCUGAACCGGCCUACAGCCAGUCUGCAGAGGAUUCUGGUAAGGACCAUGUGGCGCCUGCCCCUGGCAUGAUGUGGCGGGUGACCGGUGGCCUCUUCAAUGUCACCAAAGGCGUUGUUGGCGCCGCAGUGGGCGGAGUGGCCUGGGUGGGCGGCAAGAGCCUGGAGAUCACCAAGUCGGCCGUGACCACAGUGCCUUCAGUGGGUGUGGGGCUGGUGAAGGGCGGGGUGUCUGCUGUGGCCGGCGGCGUCUCCACAGUGGGUUCGACGGUAGCCAGUAAAGUCCCCUUCACAUCCAAGAGGAAAGACAAGGCUGAGUGAAGAGCAGGAGAAGGAGGAUGGUGAAGAUGAUGAUGAUGGUAACAAUGAUGAUUGAUGAUGGACUUGCCCCGCCCUGAGCCAACCGAGAGAGGCUGCCAGCUGAUCUCUCUCUGCCAAUCAGACUCCACAGUGCCUUCUGAUGCCUUUCUCGGUUCAGUUCCAAAACAUUCAGUAGUACUACGAUACCAUGGCGACCCAGAAUUACCAGCAAGAAAUGCUGAGUCACAGAAAUGCUUCAUACAAUCCUUGCCUGAUCUGGAGUGGGGUUUGUAUGUCUGGAACUGAAUAUCCGUCUCCAGGCAGACUACGUGGACUGAAGUCCACUUCAGCAAGUGGUGAACUUCUUGAUGCUGUUGAAUAUUUUUAUCUGUUUACAAUCCAGACUGAGGCUCUAUCUUUUCUUCCCUCUUUCCAGUCUACACACAUUUGGCGAAAUGUUUGUUUUCUGAAUUAAGAUGCUGAUUUUUAGUCUUUUUCUUUUCUUUUCUUUUUUUUUUUUUGCAAUGGUAUUGAAGUAAUAUUGAAAUCUGUGUGACAAGAAUAGUGUGUGUUGAGAAAAAGUAAAAUAUUUCAACGUUGGAAAUGAGGGAUCAGCAACGUUCUUCAGUCUACAUCCUUCACUGCAUCUGACCUUUAUCCGGUGGAAGACCACGGGGCGGUGUUUUACCCAGCAGCCUCAGAUCUGCAAGUAGGGACACUUCUCUGCAUGUCUGAAGACUGCAGACACAAUCACAAGUACAUCAACACUGGGCUCAAGUCUUUUCCGCAGCUACAUUAUUGUUGAUAUGUUUUGUUUUCAGUACGUCUGAAAUGUCAAAAUGCUGCGCUGGACCUUGACCUUCAUAGGUUGACUUUAUUUUUAAAGAUUUCUUAAGAAAACAUUCAGCGGCAUAUGAUUCAUUGACGGCUGUGUGAGAGGAAAAGUGCCCAAUGUUGUCUGAAGUUGUCAGAAAAGGCUGAAUUGUACCUUUCAGCCAGAAGGUGAACACUGUACUUCAGUGAAGGCAACAUUUGUGAACGUUUAUAUGCAAUAUCAGCAUUUCAAUGCAACAUUAGGAGUGAGAGGGAGCAGUUGCUGAUGUCUUGGUGGAUGUCUUGUAUGUGUUUUUUUUUUUUUUUUCAAUAUAUCAAUAAAGUAGUUUGGAAGGUUAAAUAAAUCUAACAUACAAA